CGCCCGUUCCGCAGAUGGCCACCCCCGGCUCUGGUUUUUGGUCCCUCGGGUCCGAGGAGGGCUCCGGGGACCCCGACAACCCCGGCCCAGCAAAAGCUUGGUGUCAGGCCGCCCAGAAGUUUACAGGAGGCAUUUCAACCAAACUCUGUGCCCUGCUGUACGGAGAUGGGGAGAAGCCCAUGGAGACGGGCGCGAGAGAGGACCCCAGCGCGCCCCCGAGAAAACCCACUUGCGCCUGCAAUAAAAAGCCCUGCGGUUGCGAGAAAGCCGAUAUUAAUUAUGCAUUUUUACACUCCUCAGAUCUUCUGCCGGCUUCCGAUGGAGAAGUAGCCACCUUGUCUUUCUUACAAGACGUUAUGGACAUUUUGCUCCAAUAUCUGGUGACCAAUUUUGACAGAUCAAACAAAGUCAUCGAUUUCCACUAUCCAAACGAGCUUCUUCAGGACUAUAACUGGGAACUGUCGGAUCAGCCUCAGACCUUGGAAGAAAUUCUGUUGAAUUGCAGAACCGCGCUUAAAUAUGCCAUUAAAACAGGGCACCCCAGGUAUUUCAACCAGCUGUCAACUGGAUUGGAUAUGGUUGGAUUAGCUGCGGAUUGGUUAACGUCUACAGCCAAUACUAACAUGUUCACUUAUGAAAUUGCUCCAGUGUUUGUUCUUAUGGAAUAUGUCACGUUAAGGAAGAUGAGAGAGAUAAUUGGCUGGCCAGGGGGUGCUGGCGAUGGGAUCUUUUCACCUGGUGGUGCCAUAUCUAACAUGUAUGCUAUGUUGAUUGCACGUUUCAAGAUGUUUCCAGAAGUUAAAGAGAAAGGAAUGGCAGCUAUUCCGAGACUGGUUGCCUUCACAUCCGAGCACAGCCAUUUUUCUGUGAAGAAAGGAGCAGCGGCCUUAGGAAUUGGUACUGACAGUGUGGUUUUGAUCAGAUGUGACGAAAGAGGGAAAAUGAUACCAUCUGAUCUUGAAAGGAGAAUUGUUGAGGCAAAGCAAAAGGGAUUUGUUCCAUUCCUUGUAAGCGCCACAGCAGGGACUACCGUAUACGGGGCGUUUGAUCCGCUCAUAGCUAUUGCGGAUAUCUGCAAGAAGUACAAGGUCUGGAUGCAUGUCGACGGAGCCUGGGGAGGUGGGUUGCUGAUGUCGAGGAAACACAAAUGGAAAUUAAACGGUAUUGAAAGGGCCAACUCCGUGACAUGGAACCCACACAAGAUGAUGGGAGUUCCCCUGCAGUGCUCGGCUCUGCUCGUUAGAGAAGAGGGGAUCAUGCAGAGCUGCAAUCAAAUGCAUGCUACCUACCUCUUUCAACAAGACAAGCACUACGAUCUGUCCUAUGACACCGGAGACAAAGCCUUGCAAUGCGGGCGCCAUGUUGAUGUCUUUAAACUCUGGCUAAUGUGGAGGGCAAAGGGCACUACGGGAUUUGAAGCCCAAAUCGACAAGUGUUUGGAGCUUGGGGAAUACCUUUAUAACAAAAUUAAGAACAGAGAGGGUUUUGAAAUGGUGUUCGAUGGAAAGCCUCAGCACUCGAAUGUUUGCUUCUGGUACGUGCCUCCCAGUUUAAGGGAUAUGGAGGAUAAUGAAGAAAGGCUGAACCGUCUUUCAAAGGUGGCCCCGGUAAUUAAAGCCCGAAUGAUGGAGUAUGGCACCACCAUGGUCAGCUAUCAGCCCCUGGGAGACAAGGUGAACUUCUUUCGUAUGGUUAUCUCCAAUCCAGCAGCAGCUCACCAAGACAUCGAUUUCCUGAUUGAGGAAAUAGAGCGCCUGGGGCAAGAUUUAUAAUAAUUUGGUCUGCCAAGCAUUGCUGAAACCUCUCUAAGUAGACAAUUAAGUUGUCACAAACUGUGGUGAAUGUAUUUGUAGUUUGUUCCAAAGUGAAUCUAUUUCUAUAUUGUGGUGUCAAAGUAGAGUACAAUUUAAAACUGAGAACAUUGCUCCCUUCAAGAGUCUUUUUCCUCCCUUCCCUUUGAGUUUGUAAAUACCUUUUU